CCCCCCAGGCGCCCAUCCAUGCUCCCCCAGCCGUCCCCAUCCGCCCCAGGCGCGCCUCUCUCGCGCACAGCAGCAGCAGCAGCAGCCUCUGCUGCGGCCCUUAAAGCCCUGGGGCCCGAUGUGUGGCGCCUGAGCGGCAAGCUGCACGUGCUGGCCUUGCUACUGCGGGCAGUGUUCGGGGAGAAGCAGGGGCGAGGGGGAGCGAGGGGAGUGCCGAGUCUAGUGUUACUGAUGGUAGCAGUAACAGCCGCGUUCAGGACAGUGGUGGCAGUGGCGGUGGUGGUGGCAGUGGGGAUAAAGUGGUGAUAGUGUCGAAUUUCACACGGGCGCUUGAUGUGAUUGAGGCCAUGUGCGCAUCCCACGGGUGGAAGACCACGCGUCUGGACGGCAGCACGGAGGCAGCGACGCGGCAGGCUCUGGUGUGUGCGUUCAACGCGGGGCGGGACGGCAGCCGCUGCUUCCUGCUCUCGUCCAAGGCGGGCGGCGCUGGCCUCAACCUUGUGGGCGCCAACCGCCUCGUGCUCUUCGACCCCGACUGGAACCCUGCCAAUGACAAACAGGUGGGGGAGGGCCAUGGCGCGAGUAUGGAGGGACGGGCAGAGCAAGCCUGUGGUGAUCUACCGCCUGCUGGCCACGGGCAGCAUAGAGGAGAUCUUUCAGCGGCAGCUGAUGAAGGGCGAGUUGGCCAGUGCGGUGGGCGAUGGCAGCACUCAGCAGGGCUGUGCCAGCGGUGCCGGUGGGAGAAGUGGAGGCAGCAGCAGCAGCAGCAGCAGCAGCAAGGAGGGGCGGGUCACUUCACCAAGGAGGAGCUGCGCGAGCUCUUCACUCUGGAGCAGACCACUGCCUGUGACACUUUGGACCUGCUGCUUCGCUCCAACUCACCCCUCUCGGCCAAAUGGCUCGCUGCUGCCACCACGGAUGCUGCUGCUGCUGGAUCCACCAUCACUGGCAGCGCCACCUCUAGCUCUGCUGCUGUUGUAGCCGCGAUGAGCAGUGGGGGAGGGAGACUGGCGGCUGGCAUUGCAGAUGAUCCCUUGAGAGAAGUGACUGGCAUGUGCGAGGGGGUCACAUUUGUGUACCACGAGAAAACAGGGUUCGAAGGCGGCACAGAGAAGACCAUCGUAGAGGCGCGUGCUGGCAGCAAGGGGCUUGCAAGUAAGCAGGGAGCACAACACGGCAGAGAAGGGACGGGAGGGUGCAAAGAGGAGGAGGAAAUCGAGGAAGAGGAAGGCAAUGUUGUUCCAGUGAUAAAAGCUGCUACUGGUGGGGGGAGUGGUGGUGCUGUGGAGACAGGCAUGUGCACGGAGAGGGUGGGACGAGCGUACGCUAGUGAGGGCACAGGUGGCGGGGCGGCAGGGGACCUGCUGACCUUCGACACCUUGAGGGCGUGGCGGAUGACAUGAUGGAAUUGUUUGGCUCAGACGUGUUCUGAGAGUGCUGUUAGUAUGUGUGGGUUUAUAGCUAAGGUGCAUGACGGAACUUCUGUUGAUUGCCAAGAAUGCAUUACUGAACCAUGUGCAGGAGACUGAUGCUUGAAAGCCACUAUGCUUGAACAAGGCAUACAUUGGGUGACAAC